GAUCAAUAAUUUCUUGUACUGAACAAUAUUUAACAGGUGGCAAUUUUCGUAUUAUUUCAACAACAGUUCGGAGCUACAGAGACCCAGAAUAGUAUAAACCCCUUUCCCUCUCUCUGACCGCGCUUGUUUUCGUAUAAGGAAGCCUCUGGAUUCUAAGAAUUUUAGAACACGAAAGAAGACAAGAACCCUAGUGAUAGUGUAUUUUGUGCUGCAUGGUUGAGCGCAAUUUUUUUUUUCGCCUUCCGGUGGCUUCUUGACUUUCUGUUUUGGCGGUGAAGAGAUUUAUUUUCACCUUGGGUCAGUUGGAGUCAAAUUGUCAUCAGAAGUUUUCUGCUCAAUUUCAGCGUCCAUAACCAGGAGUUUUGGAUUUAAAAAAGGAUCAACCUUUGAAGAAAAAUAUAUAGUAAUUGAGGAUGGAUGUUGAGGAAGCAGAAAGGGUGGUUGUUGCCAAACCAGUAGCUUCAAGGCCUACUUGCCCCCCUUUUAGAUCCUUCUCCGAGCUACUUGCAGGUGCCAUCAAUGCCUCUCCAUCUAUUGAAUCUUCUCAAGCCACAGUUUCAGCCAUUAGACCAAAGACUGUGAGGUUCAAGCCAGCCGUGAAUCGCCCACCUCCUGCUGGGUUUAUUUCUUCUGAGGCUAACCCAUCUUACAAAAAUCAUAGACCAGACACUAAUCAAACAGUUGUUUACAAGCCUACGGCUAAGCUUGUCUCCAAGGCCACUGUUUCUCUUUUGGCAAAUAUGGGAAACUAUAGUACCAGUCAUAGCCAGCAGUUUCAACUUCCCAAUCCGGAGAAACUGAGGACAAAUUUGAGCUCAAUUCAUCACCAGAAUAAUAACACCCCAAGCGCUGAAUCAAAUCAAGCAAUUGUAUGUUACAAGAUGGUACAACAGAGCCCAGAGGAGGACCAGAAAACUUCACCAUCUACUAGUAAUUGUGGUGAUAGACCUUGUUAUGAUGGGUAUAACUGGAGGAAAUAUGGCCAGAAGCAAGUGAAAGGAAGCGAGUAUCCAAGGAGUUAUUACAAAUGCACGCAUCCUAAUUGCCCAGUGAAGAAGAAGGUUGAAAGAUCAUUUGAUGGGCAGAUUGCAGAAAUUGUGUAUAAAGGGGAGCACAACCAUUCAAAGCCCCAGCCUCCUAAGCGCAACUCAUUAGGGACACAAGGAUCAGGAAUCGUGCCUGAUGGAUUGGGUGAAGAUACUAAUUGUAAUAACCAUUUAUGGGUUAAUCCUAGCGGUGAGAGGAAUGAAAAUAGAAUAGAGAACCAGAGUGACGCUGGUUAUCUUGUCAAAGUUGGAGGGAGCCCUGAGAAUUCACAUGUUCAAAGUGAGGAAUGUGAGGAAGGAAGCAAGGGAAAUGAAGUGGAGGUAGAUGAACCCAAAAGUAAAAGAAGGAAAAACGAGAAUCAAUCCCAUGAAGUAGUAGCAGUAGCAGAGGAAGGUUUAGUGGAGCCUCAAGUGGUGGUUCAGAGUUCUACAGAUUCUGAUGUGCUUGGAGACGGCUUUCGCUGGAGGAAAUAUGGACAGAAGGUUGUGAAGGGCAAUCCAUAUCCCAGAAGUUAUUAUAGAUGCACUAACAUAAAGUGCAGCGCCCGGAAACAUGUGGAAAGAUCAAUAGAUGACCCAAAAGCAUUUAUCACUACUUACGAGGGGAAACACAACCAUGAGAUGCCACGCAAAGCUAUAGGUGCUGUGGCUUCUGAGAAAGUCAAGCAAUGAUUAACUCAUCGACAGGGAAACAACAGUAGAAUCCACUAUUUAGUCUUCAAGUUCAGAAAACAACAAUGAAAAUAUGAAAUGGCAUUUGUAUUAUGGAGCCAAUGAAUGACCUUAUAAGAGCUUGUUCUGAUAUCAGUGUCAGUACAUUCUUUCCUUUCUUGCCUAAAUAAUAAUAUAUCUUAUUAGAUUUGGUCCA